GGAUUAUCACUACUCUCAUCAUAAACCAAAGUAUCAAACAAUAAAAGAUUUUUGAGAAAAAAGAGAGAGAGAUAUCAUGACUACUACUCCAGAUUGGAUCAUGAUUGGAGGAGACGGUCCUGAGAGUUAUAACCAACAAUCCUCGUAUCAGAGAGCAUUGUUGGAAGCGACAAAGGACAAGAUGACCAAGGCGAUCUCAGCCAAUCUCGACCUAGACUUGAUUUCGAAUCGCUUCAUUGUAGCGGAUUUCGGUUGUGCAAGUGGACCUAACACUUUUGUGGCAGUUCAAAACAUAAUAGAUGCGGUAGAAGAAAAGUACCGUAGAGAAACCGGACAAAACCCGGCAGAUAACAUCGAGUUCCAAGUCCUCUUCAAUGAUUUCAGCCUCAAUGAUUUCAACACUCUCUUCCAGACACUUCCACCCGGAAGAAGAUACUUCAGCGCUGGAGUUCCUGGUUCCUUCUUCGAACGUGUUCUUCCUAAGGAGAGUUUCCACAUCGGAGUCAUGAGUUACGCGUUCCAUUUCACCUCCAAAAUCCCCAAAGGGAUUAUGGACCGCGACUCUCCCUUGUGGAACAAAGACAUGCAGUGCACGGGGUUCAACCCCGCUGUCAAGAAAGCGUAUCUUGACCAGUACUCUAUCGACACCAAAAUUCUUUUAGAUGCUAGAGCUGAAGAGCUCGUGCCCGGGGGGUUGAUGUUGCUUUUAGGAUCGUGUCUAAGAGACGGAGUUAAGAUGUCCGAGACCCCUAAAGGAACUGUAAUGGAUUUUAUUGGAGAAUCUCUUAGCGAUCUUGCUAAACAGGUACAUAAUUUGAUCGUUAUAGUAUUAUACAACUGCAUAAGUACUAACUAACAUUUUCUUCUUUUUUUUUAUGAUAUAAAAAAGGGUGUCACCGAGCAAGAGAAGGUGGACACUUUCAGAACCUCAAUUUACUUUGCAGAACAAGGUGAGAUAAGGCAAAUCAUUGAGGAGAAUGGGAAGUUCACAAUCGAGGCUUUUGAAGAUAUCAUUCACGCUAAAAACGAGUUUCCUUUUGACCCCAAGACAUUGGCCAUCUCUUUCAAGGCCUUCUAUGGUGCUUUCAUUUCCGCACAUUUUGGAGUCGAAGUCAUGAGGAAAGCCUUUGAGCUUGUUGAGGUCAAGGCACGCGAACAGAUUUCUCGCCUCCAUAACUCCAAACCCGGAAUGCAGUACCUCAUCGUGCUUCGCAAGAACUAAACCGUGAUCCAAAUAUAUUGUUAUAUGUGAUUUCCUCCAUUGUUGCUUCUCUUCUUUCGUCUAUCUUAUGGUGCUUUGUCGUCUCUUCUUCUUGUUGUUUUGUCUUAACGUCUUUGUAUUCUCCCCUAUCCUACAAAUGAAUAAAACUUCACUUUACGCUUAUAUGUAUAACGAG